GAAAAGAGAGCGAGAGAGACAGAGAGAGAGGAACCAUAGUUGGGGGAGCAUCUAUUUAUCUUCCGAGGAUUGCCUGAAAUCUUCGAGGCGAUGGGGACUGUUCUCCGGAUUAUUCUCUGCAUGGAUCAUACUACGUGUUAUUUCACUCUGUCGGUAUCGGUAUGAUUAACGUAAAGUUGGAUUACGGGAGUAUGGAGAGGAGAAAGAGCCUGUUUCCCUGGCUGGUACUCUUCACGGUGCAGUUCAGCCGGAGUUCACAGCAAGUACUCAGAAUAGGUGGUAUCUUUGAGACUCGUGAGAGUGAGUUGGUGAGUGUAGAGGAGUUGGCGUUUAAGUUUGCAGUGAGCAACAUCAACAGGAACCGGACCUUGAUGCCCAACACCACUCUGACCUACGACAUUCAGAGAAUCAACCUCUUCGACAGCUUCGAGGCCUCCAGGAGAGUGUGUGACCAGUUGGCUCUGGGUGUAUCUGCAGUGUUUGGCCCGUCCCACAGCUCCUCAGUCAGUGCUGUCCAGUCCAUCUGUAACGCCCUGGAGGUACCCCACAUCCAGACGCGCUGGAAACACCCGUCAGUGGACAACAGAGACACAUUUUACAUCAAUCUCUACCCAGAAUACACUGCAAUCUCCAGAGCCAUACUGGACAUAGUGACUUUCUUCAAGUGGAAGAGCCUAACAGUGGUCUACGAGGAUAGCACAGGUCUGAUGCGGAUGCAGGAGUUGAUCAAGGCUCCGUCUAAGUUGAACCUGAAGAUCAGGAUACGGCAGCUUCCCCCUGGAGAGAUUGAUGCCAGACCUCUUCUGAAGGAGAUGAAGAAAGACAAAGAGUACUAUAUCUUGUUUGACUGCUCCUACCGGACCUCCGCAGAGAUACUCAAACAGCUCUCGUCGAUGGGAAUGAUGACAGAAUACCAUCACUUCUUCUUCACUACAUUGGAUCUGUUUGCGUUAGACCUGGAGCCGUACCGCUACAGUGGGGUGAAUAUGACAGGUUUCAGGCUGUUGAAUAUAGACGACCCGUAUGUAUCUUCCACCAUGGAGAGGUGGUCUCUGGAGAGGCUUCAGGCUCCACCUAAACAGGAGAGUGGAUUAAUGGAGGGAGUUAUGACGACGGAGGCGGCGUUGAUGUAUGACGCUGUGUUCAUGGUUGCCGUGGCGUCACAGCGAGCCACUCAGAUGACGGUCAGCUCCCUGCAGUGUCACCGACACAAACCCUGGCGCUUUGGACCCCGCUUCAUGAACCUCUUCAAAGAGGCCCAGUGGGAUGGUCUGACAGGUCAUAUCGUCCUCAAUAAGACAGAUGGGCUGAGGAGAGACUUCGACUUGGACAUCAUCAGUCUGAAGGAAGAUGGCACGGCCAGGAUUGCGGUGUGGAACUCCUACACGGGUUUGAACCUUACAGAGACCAGCAGGGAUAAAACCAACAAUGUGACGGACUCUAUGGCCAACAGGACACUGAUCGUUACUACUAUAUUGGAAAACCCUUAUGUGAUGUUUAAGAAGUCAGACAGGGAGCUGUCCGGUAACGACCGGUUCGAGGGCUACUGCCUGGACCUGCUGAAGGAGCUGUCCAACAUCCUGGGGUUCACCUACGAGGUCAAACUGGUGUCUGAUGGGAAGUAUGGUGCACAAAACGAUAAGGGGGAAUGGAACGGCAUGGUUCGAGAGCUCAUCGACCACAUAGCUGAUCUGGCAGUAGCCCCUCUGACCAUCACCUAUGUGAGGGAGAAGGUGAUAGACUUCUCUAAGCCCUUCAUGACCUUGGGAAUCAGUAUCCUGUACAGGAAACCCAACGGCACCAACCCCGGAGUGUUCUCCUUCCUCAACCCCCUGUCGCCUGACAUCUGGAUGUACGUCCUACUGGCCUGCACCGGAGUCAGCUGUGUCCUGUUUGUCAUCGCCAGGUUUACUCCCUACGAGUGGUACAACCCUCACCCCUGCAACCCCUCAUCAGAGUUGCUAGAGAAUAAUUUCACCUUACUCAAUAGUUUCUGGUUUGGAGUGGGAGCUCUCAUGCAGCAAGGGUCAGAGUUGAUGCCUAAGGCCUACUCCACCCGUAUAGUAGGAGGCAUCUGGUGGUUCUUCACCCUGAUCAUCAUCUCCUCCUACACGGCCAACCUGGCUGCCUUCCUCACCGUGGAGAGGAUGGACGCCCCCAUCGACUCGGCUGACGACCUGGCUAAACAGACCCGUAUAGAAUACGGAUCAGUCAGGGACGGGUCCACCAUGACCUUCUUCAAGAAAUCCAAGAUCUCCACCUAUGAGAAGAUGUGGGCGUUUAUGAGCAGCAGGAAGAACACAGCUCUGGUGAAGAACAACAGAGAGGGGAUCACCAGGGUGCUGACCACAGACUACGCUAUGUUGAUGGAGUCCACCAGCAUAGAGUACAUCAGUCAGAGAAACUGUAACCUCACGCAGAUCGGAGGACUCAUAGACUCCAAGGGCUACGGAGUGGGCACUCCCAUAGGCUCCCCUUACAGAGACAAGGUGACCAUCGCCAUCCUGCAGCUCCAGGAAGAAGGGAAGCUUCACAUGAUGAAGGAGAAGUGGUGGAGAGGAAACGGUUGUCCUGAGGAGGACAACAAAGAAGCCAGCGCGUUGGGCGUGGAGAACAUCGGUGGCAUCUUUAUCGUCCUGGCGGCUGGACUCGUCCUGUCCGUGUUCGUAGCCAUCGGAGAGUUCAUCUACAAGGCCAGGAAGAACUCUGACAUAGAGGAGGCCUUUUGUUUCUUCUACGGGGUUCAGUCCCGCCAGUUCCAGCGCCGUGACAGCGCCUCCUCCUCCUCUGCCACCUCUCUGUCCACUGACCUGGAGAGUGGUCGGCUGCUGGGGGACGAUGAUGACAUAGAGUAGCCUCCCCAACCCCCCCAGCCCUGCCCAGGCUAGCCUCCGCCACACACACGCUAGAAGUUUAGGUUUGUAACACACGUCCGUCCCACUGUCUGUCUGUUCGUGACCUACGACCUAUUGUCAAGUCCUGGUUUCUUAGUUCCCCUGUUUGAGUAUUUCAUCCGUUUACGCUCCCCCCCCCCUCCCAGCUAUUUCCUAUAACCUUCAACCUCUUGUAACCUCUGACCUCAACCUCAGGUAGUCUCUGUCCUCGGACCUCAUACUGCUUCUCCCAGAGUCCUGUAGUCGGGUUUCUCUCAGUCCCCUUAGUCAGUUCCUUAGCAACAAACCAUAUUAUCAUUAUUAUGGAUUCCCAAGCAGAUUCUUUGUUUCUUAUCAAUUCGGGGGAGGAGGGCUGUUUUCAUUAAAUCUUUAGACCUAUAAAUUAGUCAUUAGUAAAUUCUCCUAAUAAAUAAAAUGCUAAUUUAAUUACUUUAAAAAAAUCAUACAAUGUGAUUUUCUGGAUUUUUGUUUUCGAUUCCGUCUCUCACUGUUGAUGUGUACCUAUGAUUUAAAAAAAUGACAGACCUCUACAUGCUUUGUAAGUAGGAAAACCUGCAAAAUCGGCAGUGUAUCUAAUACUUGUUCUCCCCACUAUAUUGUAUCAACUCAUACUUACAUCAAUUUAGGGCUUUAGACAUUGUUUCAACUCAAUGUAUCUGUGGCUAGUAACAUUUGACUGAUCUCUAAAAUGGUUAGCAAUAACAUGAUAAGAAAUAACCUGGUUAUCAAUAGCAUAGUUAGCUGUUAGCAAUAAACUGGUUAUCAAUAACAUAGUUAACAGUUAGCAAUAAACUGGUUAUCAAUAGCAUAGUUAGCAGUUAGCAAUAACCUGGUUAUCAAUAGCAUAGGUAGCAGUUAGCAAUAAACUGGUUAUCAAUAACAUAGUUAGCAGUUAGCAAUAAACUGGUUAUCAAUAGCAUAGGUAGCAGUUAGCAAUAAACUGGUUAUCAAUAACAUAGUUAGCAGUUAGCAAUA